AUGGGAGCGGCAAUAUUUUCCAUUCAUAGCCUACCGGCAACUAGUUCUCAAAACUAUUUCGCGCACAUCAGACGUCUUCGCUGCCAGUGCAUUUUGCGGCAGCACUCAACUUAAAUAAUGCGUUUCUGGAAUGGACAAAUGCUACUACAACUAUUUAUAGCCAUUGCAGGGAUUUUGCAUUCAAUUCAUGGCUAUAAGUUCUUGGGCGUAUUGCACUUCGGUUCAAAAUCACAUUUUAUUGUUGACUCGGCAUUGCUGAAGGGUUUGGCUGAAAAGGGUCAUGAGGUGACAGUUAUUAGUCCAUUUUCGCUCAAGAAACCUAUGAAGAAUUAUGUGGAGAUACCAACACCAUCGGUAUUGAAACUUAUGGAUGAGGAACUUAACAACCUAUUGGACACCACAGAACGCAGUGUCGUGGAAAAUCUUGUGUCAUUUCACAACACUGGUGUCAGGGUGACCGAGGCAGUACUUAAUGAACCGGCUGUCAAACAGUUGAUGGUCUCAAAUCAAACAUUUGAUGCAGUCAUAUGUGAGGUGUUCCUGUCAGAGGCCUUGUAUGGUCUGAGUGAACAUUUUAAGGCGCCUUUGAUUGGUUUGGGCACUUUUGGGGCUGUUGCAUGGAAUACAGAUAUGGUUGGUUCGCCCUCCCCUCCAUCAUAUGUGGCAAAUACCUUUCUACCCUUUACCGAUCACAUGACCUUGGGUCAGCGAAUAAUCAAUUUGGCCAUGUUAAGUUUUGAAAGAUUAUUUUUGGAUUUCUAUUAUCUGCCGAAACAGGAAGAAGUCUUUCGGCGAUAUUUUCCCGAUUCGUCGAGGUCAAUGUAUGAUAUACGGAAAAAUGCUGCUUUGGUGUUGCUUAACACCCAUGUCUCGUUGAGUUUUCCCCGACCCUAUGUGCCAAAUCAAAUCGAGGUGGGUGGUAUGCAUAUAAAUCGCAAGAGAACCCCCUUGCCCGUGGCCAUAGAGAAGUUCAUCAAUGGAUCUCGGCAUGGUGUGAUUUAUUUCUCCAUGGGUUCAAAUAUCAAGUCGGCUAAUUUACCUGUGGAAAAACGACAGGCCAUAAUGAAGGCUUUGAAAUCUCUCAAGCAGAGAGUGUUGUGGAAAUUUGAAGAUCCCAAUUUGGAGGGUAAGCCGGACAAUGUUUACAUCAGUGAUUGGUUCCCGCAGGAUGAUAUUUUGGCCCAUGAAAAUGUCAAGCUUUUCAUAACCCACGGUGGCCUGCUGAGCACCACGGAAAGUAUUUACCAUGGCAAACCGUUUAUUGGCAUUCCCAUAUUUGGUGAUCAAUUCCUGAACAUGGCCAAGGCUGUGGCCAAUGGCUAUGGCAUUUUAUUGGACUACAAGAAUAUUACGGCCGAAGCUCUGCAACAGGCAAUAGAGACAAUGCUCGGAGAUCCAAAAUACACAAUUUUAGUGAGGGCAAUGUCAGAACGUUAUAGAGAUCAACCCAUGGAACCGCUGACCCAAGCUAUUUACUGGGUGGAGCAUGUGGCCCGCCACAAGGGUGCCAAAUAUCUCCACUGUGCCGGUUUGGAUUUGAAUUUCAUUGAAUAUCAUAGCAUUGAUGCGAUUUUUAUUUUGUAUGGUGGCCUCUUGUUUGUUGUGGGUGUGGUGUUAUGGCUGCUGAAAUGUUUGCUGGGUUGUCUGCUGCGGAGAGUGGCCGGGCCAAAGGUGAUCAAGAAACAAAAGAAACAUUAGUGAAGCAAUAACUGAUUAGCUAUUUCGUUAAAAGUGCUAAUAAUUACAGUCAUUUGAUGAAGUGCGAUUUUUUUUCUAAUUUUUAUUUUUUUUUAAUGAAGACCUGGUGAAAUGUGUUGUUUAUAAUUGUUGUUACAAAUGUGUAAUGAUCGCGUAUCAUAUCGUGCAUUUUUUGAAUACAAUGUCUAUUUUAUAAUUUUAAUAAGGUU